AUGGCAGACGUGUGCUUGCCGAUUCGGGGACAGUCGCUAUCCUUUGUGGAUGAGACCAGCGAAACACGCGCAUGGUACGCGGAUGAGGAUGAACUGGCUCAGUCGUCUCAAGUUUCUCCAUCCGGGAAGGAAGCGGAAACGAUUCCGGUCCUGUAUCCAUCGUUUGAGGAUACCAUUCUUACCAGCUCCCCACUCACGCAUGACCGCGCCGGCGGGGUCCAUGGAACCCCUUCUGAAUUACACUCUCCCUCGAGCAUCCUCUACAGCUAUUUCUCCACUUUGCCCAUCGAGAGUCCGAAAUUGGUUGAUCCACAGGAAGCAUUUCUGCUACGUCACUAUAUCUCGACGCUUGGUGUUGCGCUGGAUGUCUGCGAUUCACACCGGCAUUUUAGCAGCGUAGUGCCCGACCUAGCAACCCGGUUGCCUGUUCUCCUCAAUGCUGCCCUGGCGGCGUCCGCCCAUCAUCUGUCACGGGUGACCAAUUAUGAUCCACUGGUCGCGGAUAUGUACCAUGAACUGUGUGUGGAACUGCUGAUCCCUCUGCUGGAUGAACUAUCCUUUAUUCCGGACGAAGUCGUUGCCGCAACCGUACUCCUACGGCUCUACGAGCAGAUGUCAUCUGCCAUCACAGGGUCUGAUUGCGCCAGGCAUCUUAGUGGAACUAGUGCUUUCAUGAACUCGGAAAGCACUUGUGCUACCGCAGGAGGGAUUCGUCAAGCUUCGUUUUGGAUCUUUCUGACACAAGAUAUCGACGUAGCCUUGAAUCAUCAACGUCCACUUAAAUUAAAUCUGGACGCAUUCGCUCCGCAAAUGAACGCGAACGUGCUCGGGUAUGACUGGGCGUGGGCUAACCGGAUAGUCUGGAUCACGGCAGAAAUCGUCGCAUUCGCAUUUGCUAGAGACAAGUCUCAAUCACGGCUAGAGGAGUUCAAGACGAAGACUGAAGACUGGUGGCGGCACAAGCCAGACUCCUUCAGACCAUUGCACGUUGCGCAAGGGGCUGUUUUCCCAGAGGUUCACUUUGUUCGACCGUGGCAUGCGAUCGGACUGCAGUACUAUCACACAGCGAUGAUACUGUUAUUGGCAACUGACACGAGUCGUCUCAGACUCGGAGUAGGAUACCGAGAAUCCAGGCAGAUCCUGGAGGCAGAGAUCUCAGCUCAUUUUGCUAUGUUGUUCGGCAUCAGCGCCUGCGGGGACGACGUCCAGGCCAGGCUCGGUGCUUGCCACGUUGUCAGCAUCUGUGCACCCUGGAUCACAAAUCGAACGUAUCAGGAGGAAACUAUCCGCAUCUUGCGACGCCGAGAGCGUGAGAAUUCCUGGCCGACUCGAGCGAUAGCACUGGCUGCUGUGGAGGAGUGGGAGUGGGAACAGGAUGAUCGGCAUCGCGUGUUGGGAUGA